AUGGCGACAAUUUCAGAAUUCAAACAAUUAUUUGACAAAUUUUUACGGGAAAAUAAAUGCCCAACUGGAGAAAUAGUGAAAAAAAAAUAUUAUUUUCCUGUUGAUCAAUUAAAGACAAUUUACACAUCUAUGCUUACAACUACCAAUAUACAAUGGUCACAAUUUCAACAAAUGUUAAUAAAUUAUGUUGAAAAUUUGGAUUUUUGUUAUUACUCUUGGGAAUGUUUUUCAUUAAUUGUUCAACAUUUGAACACAGACAAAACAAAUGUAUACAUGUUUACAAAUCUUUUAGGAUUUAUUAAAAUUCCUACUGAAAAAAAUGAAGACGACAAAUUACUAUUUAAAAAUAACAAACGACCUCAAUUUAAAUAUAAUUCUGAACAAUUAAAAUCAUGGGUUACGGUAGUUUGGGAUGAUAUGAAACCCUUCAUGUUGUCAAAUAUUAAAAUUAGAAGAGAUAUGUUAACACUGUUGAUUGAAAAAAUACAAAUGCACUUGAAUAAUCCACUUGUAACUGCAGACUUCCUAAUGGAUUCAUUGGAUACUCCUGGUCCCAUUGCAAUAUUAGGACUUCAAGGCAUUUUUAUUUUGGUCAAGGAUUAUAAUUUAGAAUGUCCAAAUAUUUAUGGGAAACUUUACAACUUUUUUACAACAGAUAUGUUUAAUUAUCGGUAUAAAACUAGAUUGUUUUAUUUGGCUGAUAUAUUUCUUCGUUCAACCCAUUUACCCGAGCUGCUUGUAGCUGCAUUUGUUAAACGUAUGGCUAGACUUUCGUUGGUUGCCCCACCUACUGACAUACAAAUUAUGGCAGCAUUUAUAGGAAAUUUACUAAUUAGACAUCCUCCGUUAAAAGUAUUGAUUCAAAGUGAUUCCAUUGUUAGUUCAGACCCUUAUAUUUUUGAAGAAAAAGAUCCACUAAAAUCGAAUGCAUUGAACAGCUCAUUAUGGGAACUUGUCUCUUUAAAACAACACAUUCUACCAAAAGUGGGAAAAUCCGUAAACUUUUUAUUUAAAAAAUUGCCACAAGUUGAAUGGGACAUGAGUGAAUUAUUGGAUGACUCUUAUGAAAGUAUGAUUGAUGAAGAAUACAAGACGGACUUUCAAAAAGUGAGCUUAACAUAUGAAAAACCGGUUUCAUUUUCUGUACCACUAUCCAAUCAUAUGGACGAUUUAUGGACUUUAGAUGAUUAA